ACUCAUUGUCCCGCGGGGUUUCGCGGGAAGGGGUGAGAAGAAGAUAAUGGAGGUUCUUGUUGUUGAUUUCAAGAAAAUGGAAGAGAAGGAGAAAGAGGCUCUCCACGUCCUCAAACAGGACCUUUCAAAGUGGCUCAACACAGUCAUAAAGAUACAAAUAACUCCAGAAAACUUUCUGACGAGCCUAGACACUGGAGUGAUCCUGUGUCAGCUAGCUACUCGCAUUCAAACUGCAGCAGCCGCUACUCUUGCUGCUAAUAAAGCAACGCCUCCACUACUAAAGAGAGCAACCACUAGCUUUAAAGCUGCUACUGGAGCUGCUAAGCGGCCGGAUCUGCCUAAGCCAAUUAAUGACAUUUGUAAGCUGGUGCCAAUGGGAGAGCUUCACUGCAACACCUCUGCUUCAAAAGGAUCCUUUCAAGCGAGAGACAACACUGCAAAUUUCAUCGCUUGGUGCCGAGACCUUGGUCUUAAAGAAUCCGUCUUAUUCGAGUCUGAGGGGCUGGUGCUUCAUCGAGAUGAGAAACGAGUUAUCCUAACUCUUUUAGCUGUCGCUCGGGUCGGAGGCGACUUGGGACUAGCCACGCCCAAACUGGUUGAAAUGGAGAAAGAGAUUGAGAGAGAGGAGAAGGAGGAAGUGAAGAAAGUGGUAGUGAGCAGAGGAGAUCAUGAGAUUCUUAAUAUAUUGCACCAAUGCAGUUGUAGCUGCAAGCUGCAUGCCAUACUACAGGGACCUGGCAAGUUUCAUAUCACGAUGCCAUCAGGAAAGACCAUGACGGUAUAUAUUAGAGUGCUCCACAAUCAAGUGAUGGUUAGAGUUGGAGGCGGUUGGGACACACUUGACCACUUGUUAUUGAAAUAUGAUCCUUGUCGUAUGACCAAUCCAUCCAGUCUAUCCAAAGACAUUAUAUCAAGGAGGACUGCUAGUGCUAAGAGAGGCUCUGUUCACCUUGGCACUUCUUCUAAACUGGCUCCUUUGAGAGUUCGGCAAGCUUCACCAUGUCCCUCACGAUCACUUGGUAGAGCAACUGGAGAAAGUGGUGGAAUGAGAAAAUGGGAAUCAACUCCUUCGCUCUAUUCUCGUCAGAAAAAGAAAACGUAGUGUCCUUUUGUAUCAUUGUCUUUUAAAUGUGGCCAUAGUAUAAUCUCUUUCAAAACUAGUCCGGCCCUUUUUAAAAUGCAGCUAAAAGCUGCAGCAAUUUCACUUAACAAACGUUUUAUCAUAUAAUUAUUAUCAUUAUUACAUCAUCAUCAUUAAUAAUUGUUAUUUAUUAUUAUUGUCAGCGCAUGUAUAAUUAUAGUCAUGUGUAAAAGUGUGCAUUAUAUA